AUGGGGUGUUGUUGUUCAAAACCAAUUACUGACGACGACAAAGAUGUUGAAAAUCAUGAACGCCGAAAGGAUAAAAGGCACCGUGCUCGACAGUCGUCCACUGCGCAGCAAAUCGCUAGCCGUUCGAAUUUACCGCGAACAAAUACUAGCGGCAGAGAAGAUGAAAUUGUGGCCGUAGAAGUGAGAGAUGACGAUGACAGACAAAGAGAUGACAACAAACAUCAAGAAUCGCAACGGUCAAACCUUGAAGAAAAAUAUCAACAAGAGGAAGAUGAAAUAGAAGUAGAGGAACGACAAACGAAGGAAUCGUUGGAAGAAAAUAAGAAGGAAGAAGAGAAAGAUGAAAUGAAAGAAGAAGAAGAAAAAGAAUCGAUUCGAGAAGAUGAAAAUAAGCCAAAACAACAAGAAAACGAAGAAGCGAAAGAUGAUAUUGAAGUUGCAUUUCGAGACGUCGAGAGAGAAACGAGAAAAGGAAAAGAAACAAUCGGAUCGAUUUCUGAGCGUCAGCUGUCAUCAACGAGCAAAUCGUCACUUCUUCCAAAUCUAUCGGUGAAGAAGAGAAGAAUUCAAAGCAAGAGAGCGCAUCCUCGUCCGAUGUCGACAAUCGAACGAAGCAACAACGGUCCGACUUUGAUUGUAUGACUGCCAGUC